AUGCAACAAAGCAUAGCAGUGAUGGCACUGCUGAUGGUCGCUUGCGUUUCUCAGUCGAGCACAGGAAACGUAGCUGCCGGAGAAAACGCACAGCUGUUCAACCAACUCUGUACCUUAAUCGGAGUAGCAGAAGCAAAAAUAGAGAUCGGCAGCGAAGCAGAAGAAACAAACGCAAUAGACGCCGAAAUUCAGCAACUAAACAUGUCCUUCAGCACACCCGACUGGCAAAGUAUCUUCAAGAGCGGUACAGGUGAGGACGACUGGCAGCAAACGGUACCAACAAACUUCUCGAGCCAUAAAACCUGGUCGGCCCAGUGGCCAAGGUGGCUUAAAGCAGCUCAGGCUCACGCCUCGGACAAGCAACAACAAAAGCUAAAAAACAGAGGUGCGCUACAGCUGGAGCAACACCAGAAACUUUAUCUUUCCAGGAAACUCAGAGUAAUUGCAUCUAAAAGCGCAGAACUAGCGAGCGAACUCAAAAUGCUGAAGGUCGUCGAACAAGCAGACGCAGCCAAAAACGCAGCGAAGAACCUUAAGAUUGCAGCGUAUGGAGCGGACAGGACAGCAGCAGGCCCAUUGGUCGGCGCGGAGGUUUUCAAAGGGGCGGGUAAAGACACCGCACAGGCGUGCUGCGAAAAUACAGCCGCCGACAAGGUAACGGAAACCAUAUCGGGCACCAUCAUCUGUGUCUGCGCCGGAGGAGCAAACCUAAAAACAGUAUGCGUCAACCCGCAGACAGAACUCAGCCAGUGGUCAGACGGACAAACGGGCGCAGCAACUCAAUGGACAACCCUAGCAAAGCACUGCACACACAAAGUGACAUCGGAAAAGCCUGAAGAAAUUUUAGACAGCACCCUACAAUCAAUAAAAGCCGCCAUCAAAACAGACGACUCGCACGCAUACCUCGGAGCGUACAGACAAACAGGAUGUCAAGCGUCGCAAAACACAGGUUUCUGCGUAAAAUAUACAAAUGACAAACGCGGAACAAGCACACUGUUUGAUUCCAUGGCAUGGGUCAAAACCGUAGGAGAAACAGUGACUGCGCUAAGGCAGAGUCGCGAGGCAACACAGAGAGCACGGGCAAUAAAAAAGGAGCUUGCAUUGCUCGAAACUCAACUGCAAGCAGCCAUAGACGCAGCGAAGACUGUAACAGCCGCUCCACCAAUACAAGUCACCGGCGGUGCCCCGACACCGGCAGGAAACAGCGAGACAAGCGACGAAUGCAAACAAUACAAACCAAAAAAGACAUGCGAAGAGAAUGGUUGCAAAUGGGAAGGAACUGAGGAAAAGGGGGAAAGCGCGUGCAAAGCUAAGCCAGAGGAGCAGAAAAAACAGUUUACAGAUGGAGCUGUGGCAACGAAAACAGAUAAAUGCAAGGGGAAAUUAGAAGGCGAAUUCACCAAUGCUCUUGGCUGA